GAGAGAUCUUAAAUACCAGUCCUGCAUUGUUGAAUCAAGCUCAAGGUUGAGGAAGACUCAAAGAAGAAGAAAAGCUUGGAAGAGAAGAGAAAAGCGUAGAAAAAAUCAAGGAAUUUUACCAAGGUAUUCUAGACUUCUCAAGGAAUCUAGGAGUGGCUGGAAAAGUCUCCGGAUCCGCCGGAGUUUUCGCCGGAAAAUUCCAAAAGUCAUCGGAGUUCAAUCGAGGAGGCUAAAAGCUCGCUAAAGUCAUUUCAAGGUGAGUGGAUGACUACGUGUCUUGUAACUCUUGGGUCAAAUGUGGGUUUACCUAAAUAAAAUCCUUAUCAUGAUUUGAGAAAUGAUUAAAUGGAUUAAAAUGCAUGAUUAGUCAUGGUGAAUAUGAAUUAUGGAAGUAUUACAUGAUUAAUGAAUAAGAGAUUUAUUUGUGGAUUAAUCAUGAAUAUAUUAUUGUCAAAUGUAUAAAAAUGCAUACAUGGACUAUGUAUGAGAUAACUAGAGUAAUCUAGUAUGUGAAUAUGUAUAGAAACGUUCAAAAGUGUUUAAACAUGUGAUUAGCUAUAAUGAUUAUAAGUUAUGUGAAAAUGGCAUGAUUAAUGAGUAAAAGAAUUAUCAAUAUUUUUGAUGAAGGAUAAUCAUGAAUUAUUUAUUUGGACAUUAACUAAGGUAAUUAAAGAUAUUAUUUGAUCAAGGUAUUCUUGAAGGAUUCAAGUACUUAAUCAUACAUGUCAUUAAAUUAAAUAUAGUUAUGAAGAAUAAACUAGAACGAAAUAUAUGAACGAUUAAUAAGUAUGAAGUACUUAUUAAUAGUUGUGAGAAGACGACGUUAUGCCUUAUAACUUUUGCGUGAGGCAUGAGAUUACCUAAAGUAAUCAAGAAUAUGUUUUACGGAAUGAUUAAAGAUAAUCAAGUAUUUGCUUAUACCAUGAUUAUAUAUAAAACAUAGUUGAAAAGCAUGUUAUACAUGUUUGAUGAUCAAAAUGCGAUAAUUUAUUAUGUAUAACGUUCCAGGGGUCCAAAAUGGUAUUUUUGGAUUAAGGAUGUCAAGAAGUACAUGUGUAUAAAAUUUCACGUUAAUCGGACUUCGUUUGGGCGGUCAAACGGGCGUUGACCGCCAAGACAAAGGUGAUACCCGACCGGGUAUGGGUAAAUAGAACGGGAUUGAAAUCUUCUAAUGAGCAUGAAGAAUCUUCUAAUGUUCAAAAUCAAGCAUCUUCUUCUGUGAUUGAAAUAGAACGGGAUCCUGGUAAAAGAAAAAAAAUAUGUGAUUGGCCUGUUAAUAAUAGAGAUGAAGUUAGGCGGUUAUAUUUGGUUGCUGGGCCUUACCAACCAAAACUUCAGCACUAUCAAGGUCGAGAAUAUAAAGACAAAAUUCGACGUUUUCAACCAAAUUGGUUCAAUGAAUUUAAUUGGUUGGAAUAUUCUCCGACAACGCACAAAGCAUAUUGCUUUCCGUGCUUUCUAUUUUGUGAUAACAUCCAUGCCUCCAAUACCUCUGCAUUAGUCCAUAUUGGAUUUGAUAGCUGGAAGAGAGUUCAUCAAGGCAAAGAAUGUGUAUUUUUCUUCACACAGGUACAUCACCUUAUUCUUAUCAUAAUAAAUGUGUGACGUAUGCUACUUCCCUAAUGACUCCAGCUCAGCAUAUUGAUAAAGUGAUUGAGAGAGUUAGCAAAGAAGAAGUUUUAAAAAACCGUUUAAGAUUAAAGACAUCAAUCAUGACUGUGCAGUGGCUAGCGUUACAGGGUUGUGCUUUUAGAGGUCAUGACGAGUCUGAAAAAUCUUUGAACCGUGGAAAUAUGAUAGAACUGAUUACUUACACAGCAAAGUGGAAUGAAGAAGUCAGAGAUGUUGUAUUGGGUAAUGCUCCCAAAAAUGCCAAAUACACUUCACCUGAUAUCCAGAAAGAAAUUUUAUCUUUAAUGGCUAAUAGAGUUCGCCGUAUGAUACGUGAAGAAAUAGGAGAUUCGUGUUUUUGUCUUCUUGUUGAUGAAGCAAAGGAUGAAUCUGACCGGGAGCAAAUGGCCAUAAUUUUGAGAUUUGUGAAUGUUGCUGGUAUUUUAACAGAACGUUUUUUGCUAUUAAAGGCGUUGCUGAAACUUCUUCAGAAACACUUAAGCAUGAGAUCUGUGAUGUUCUUUCUCAUUACAAUCUUCAAGUCCAUAAGUUACGAGGCCAGGGAUAUGACGGUACUAGUAAUAUGCGUGGACAAUGGAACAGAUUGCAAGCACUAUUUCUGAAUGAUUGUCCUUAUGCAUACUAUGUGCAUUGUUUUGCUCACAGGUUGCAAUUGACAUUGGUGGCUUCAUCAAAACAGUGUGAUCCUAUUUGGAGAUUUUUUCCAUUUUGGAUAAAGUGAUUAACAUUGUCAAAUCUUCUGCUAAGCGCAACACAGAAUUACAAGUUACUCAUAGAGAAGAAAUUGACAUUCUGUUGGCAAGUGGGGAGCGUGAAUCUGGACGAGGAGCUAAUCAAAUGUCCUCUUUACAACGUUCAGGUAAAACUCGUUGGAGCUCUCAUUAUGAUUUUGUUCUUAGUAUGAUAGAAUUGUACAAUGCGACUUGUAAGGUACUUGAGAAUAUUGCUUGUGAUGGGCCGAACCCUAAGGCUCGAAACGAAGCAGAUGGAACUUGCACUAGCGUGAAGAGUUUUAAUUUUGUCUUUGGCUUGCACGUAAUGAAAGCUAUUAUGGCUAUAACUGAUUUUCUUUGUCAAGCAUUUCAAAAGGAGUCAGUGGACAUUUUAUCAGCAAUAGGGUAUGUUUCAACAUCCAAAACCCUUCUUCAAAGUCUAAGGGAUGAUGGAUGGGAUAAUCUGUUGAAACAAGUGGAAGAGUUUUGUUUAAAACAUAACAUCACUAUCCCAGACAUGAAGACCAAAAUGCGGCGUGGGCGGAGUGAGGUAGAUCUUGAACAUUAUUACCGCUUUGAAUAUUUUACCCAAUCCAUAGAUUAUCAAGUGGCGGAGUUGAAUUCAAGAUUUUGUGAGAAAUCAGUUAGACUACUUGAGCUCAGUGUGGCAUUGGAUCCGAGAAACUCCUUUGAAUCAUUUAAUGCUGAUCAUAUUUAUAAUCUUGCAGUGGAGUUUUAUCCUGAUGAUUUUGAGCAACACGAGAGAAAUGCUUUAAAGAGUGAACUGACAUUUUAUCAUAUUCAUGUGGCUCAGAACUCUCAAUUCCAAGUUCCUACUCUUUCGCAUUUAUGUGAAAUGUUGGUGAAAACAAGAAAGGCAGACGAUUUCAAAAUGUUGACAAGAUUGAUACGUCUUGUGUUAACAUUACCAGUUUCCACGGCUACAACCGAGAGAGCAUUUUCAGCAAUGAAACAUGUCAAGACGGUAAUUCGCAACAAAAUGGCUGAUGAGUUUCUUGCUGAUAGUUUGACAAUCUUCAUUGAGAGGGAACUUGUCAGUACAAUAGAUAUUGACUCUCUUAUCGAUGAGUUUGCUAAAGUAAAAGACCGUAGAGUGCAAUUGACUUUUUAGUUUGAAUGUUUGAUGCACUAAAUUUCUAGUAGUUUUGUUGGAAAAACAUUUGUGAUGCACUUAAACUUAAUUUUAUUACUACACUUAUAUUUAAGAAUUUUUUUAGUUCAAUUCCGUCCCAGCCCUUUAUAGUGUCCUGGCUCCGCCCCUGCUUGGAGGUAGUGAGAUUGGGUCACUGUGAGGGGUUUGGUGUGUGAGAGCUUGAGAUGUUGAG